AGACUUGAGCUGUGACUUUUUCAUCUGGUUAUCCUAGGCAGUUUGAUAACUUCUGGCUGUGCAGCUUUUCCACUCUUUCUGGAAAUCCUUGUUCCUAUUAGAAUCGCAGUAUGGUAGGAGGCAAAAACCUCCCGAAAUUUAGUACCURAAACAAGCAACAGCUUAAAACUCGCUAGAGGGCUGUUUAAUGAAUAGGGAAGUUUGUGACGUAUGAACUAAAGCAAUUAAAUUACUAGUAAUUAGUAGCCAGCCAAUGUAGCACGCUAGGGAUGUGUGUGAACACAAAGUGUCUUUCCUGGAGUUUGCACCAUACAGAGUGAGAAAGACCCUAAUCAUUCAAAUAAUUCUCAGUUGGAAGAAGCCGCUAGAAAAAUAUCAGGAGCUACGAGAUGGAAUGUUUUGACUCCGCCUCAGGCCCCGCCUCCUCGCGGAAAAGCCAAUUGAAUCGCGAGUUGUGUUUUAAACCGCGGGCGUGAGGCGUCUCUGGCCGCGCGGCUUUGGUUCCCGGUUUCUCAUACGUACAUUUCAUCCCUAGAGCAAUCCAGAAUGGCUACUGUGAUAUUUGUUGAUAAGGAAAAUGGAGAACCUUGUACCCGUGUGGCUCCUAAGGAGGUGCUGAAGCGGGGGCCUGGGCCUGUUAAAGCCUUAGAUGGGAGGUCUCAGGUUUCAACACCACUUGUUGGCAAAACGUUUCAUGCUCCACCAGCCCCUAAAACUGUCAGAAAGGCUUUGGGAACUGUCAACAGAGCGACAGAAAAGACAGUAAAGACCAAUGCACCCCUCAAACAAAAACAACCAACCUUCCCUGCCAAAAAGAUGACCGAGAAGACUGCUAAAGCAAAAAGCUCUGUUCCUGCCUCCGAUGAGACCUAUCCAGAAAUAGAAAACUUCUUUCCCUUCAAUCCUUUAGAUUUUGAGAGUUUUGACCUGCCUGAGGAGCAUCAGAUUGCUCACCUCCCCUUGAGUGGAGUGCCUCUCAUGAUCCUUGACGAGGAGAGAGGACUUGAAAAGCUGUUGCAGCUGGGCCCCCCUUCGCCUGUGAAGAUGCCGUCGUCACCAUGGGCAUCUGAUCCGCUGCAGUCCCCUUCAAGCAUUCUGUCAACCCUGGAUGUGGAAUUGCCACCCGUUUGUUAUGACAUGGAUAUUUAAAUUUCUUAGUGCUUUGUAGUUUGUUUGUGUUAAUAAAGCAUUUGUUUAACAGGCUCU